CGUUCUGUCAUUCGUUGCGGACAGUAGCCAACUAUCGGCUCUUUACACGACGACAACAGCGACUACUGCUACUCCUACUGCCAUUGAUGGCUCUACCGUUCCCUCGAAAGCGUUUGUGGAGCCAGAGUGGGAGCAGCUACGGGUAAUACCGAUAGAAUUUACACCUUCCGGCUUGCUUUCUUUUCCGUGUGCCACCUAUUGCGUUUGUUCUGUCGCGUUCUUCUUCUCAAUCAGAGUCGCACUGAAAGACAGACAACUCAGGAAAACCCUUAAAUGUUUCUGGAAGUGCGUGAGAGGUUCGUUGCAACGCUUGGUGGUCGGCUAGUAGUAACCAGACGACUUUGUUAUACGGUUAGAAACUACAUGGUUGUUACGGGCUGGAUUGUCUCAUCGUUGGCUAACUGGCAGACUAACUAAAUAGUAACAAGGCAAAAAUAAGGGGGAGCAGUGAACGAUUUUCGGCUGCUUAUACUUGCUUCCAGAUCUCUGCCGUCUGUCGGCAACAUUACAAUCGGCUCAUGGUCUAGCUGUUGGUGCGUGCUAUGGAUUUGUGAAGCUAACUGGCUCGAGUGAUACAUUACGUCGAUUGAACACGACGAUACAACGAACGACACGGCUAUGGUCGUUAGCUAAAGAUUUCACUCUAAUUCCAAGUUCCUUCUCAUGUAGCAAUCGUUGAGAUUGAUUCAAGGUUGCAGUCGCGUUGUACGGUGGCAUUGGGCUGAGUUCGACUGUGAGCGUAAGCGAGUAAUCCAAGUUGUCAAUAAGUUGCCCCCUGUGGUAUUCCUAAGAAGAAUAGUGGUUACAUGUGGAUAUCGUUAGAAGCUGGUACAGGACGUGCAAUUGUCAGUUGUUAAUGAAUCGCUUCUGAGCAAUAGCAAACAUAACAAUUUGCUCUUGAUCAAUCAUUCACGUCUACCCUACGUCAGAACACGAACAGACAGAGUACGAAAUCGAAGCUCAAAAAAGUUAUAUGCGGGACAGCGGUAAAGACUCAGAAUUCAAUCGAGUAUCAUCCAUUAAGCAGCGAGCAGUAAAUACAUAGUUUCCCUCAAAGGAUAAUGCUAUACAUGAAAAACGUAAGACCUUGAAAGCAUGACAGUAAAGGUAAUGGGACCAUUGGAAUGGAAGACUACGAAUCGGUGCUUUUGGUAAAAAACGAGGUAUUUAUCUACAAGAUUCCUCCUCUAACAACAAAUAAAGGCUAUAAGGCAUCGGAUUGGCGUUUGGAUCAGCCGGACUGGACGGGACGUCUGAAGCUUAUUGCCAAGGGAACCGAUUGUUGUCUUAAGCUUGAAGAUAGGAGCACCGGCGAACUGUUUGCCAAAUGUCCGAUUGAAGAAUAUCCGGGAGUGGCGAUCGAGACCGUAACGGAUUCAUCUCGUUACUUUGUUGUACGACUGAAGGACGAUGAUGGACGAACAGCAUUUAUUGGAUUAGGUUUCGCUGACCGGAGCGACUCAUUUGACUUGAAUGUGGCCCUACAGGACCAUUUUAAGUGGGUACACAAAAGCAAGGAAGAAGAUGCUAUCGCAUCUCAAGACAACGGUGCCGCCGCGCCUGCACUUGAUCUUGGCUUUAAAGAAGGUCAAACAAUUAAAAUCACCUGCAAUUUCAGCAAGAAAUCAGGCAGUGUCAGCAGCCGACCCCGCGGCGAACGUGCUACUGGAACCGGAACCGCCGGCAUCUUGUUGCCACCUCCACCUAGUGGUAUAAAACUUCCUGCACCAGGAGGGAAGAGCACGGCAUCACCGGCGUUAUCUGCUGGUACGAUAGCAUCUCCGCCUACGGCUGCGUCGAGUAAUCUUCGUCCCGUACCUACAACUGCUCCAGCGACGACUAAUAUGACGGGUUCUACAACGAACGCCGGGGAUAACUGGAUUCAGUUCUAAAUUAAAUAAGACGAGAUGACGUAAAGAAUUUGAUGUGACAGUCAUUCAAAAUCUUUUUUUUAGCACCUCUAUCUAAAACAUGCGCAAUGAAGGAGGUGUUUUUUAAAGGUUAUAUAUGCAUAAGGAUCAAAAUUUAUUUUAUAUACAAGAAAAUAUUGUCGUCCAUGGCAACUGAGGCAGAAAAAAAUGAUUCAUAGUUUACUGUGCGUCGGUGUCGACUGUAGAAGUACAUCUGACAAAAUAAGUGGUCAUACUCACCAGGACCCAUUGUUAUAGGUGGUCAUUAAAUUGACAUUGACUAGGUUGAGUACGAUGGCAACGCUUUAUGCUGCCCACGUUUGGUAUGACAUUUUCUUUCAUUAACAACAAUAACAGCUUAUGGCAAGCGAAAUAAAGUCCACAAAAAAUAAAUUCCAAAAAAAGUAAACGGCCUACAGAAAUGAGGAAAGUUUUUGCUAUAACGAUAACAACAAAAAGAAGGAUAUGUUCAAACAGCGGUACAAUGUCGAAAGUCAAGAUAUAUUUUUUUCGCUGACAGUUGCAAGCACUUAGGUAAAUCACUAUUAUUCAGUAUUCAUUCAUAGUGUAAGAGUUAUAGCGUGCGUUUUAAUGCUCAUACGUGACAUCGCUUGUUGUAGAAAGAUAAUGCAUGUUAGCUCUUCCAUGUGUGCUUCUUUUCCACGUUUACAAUAUUUUUCAAUUAAUUAUUCGGGACAGCCAACCGUAUUUGUAUAAAGCUACUAAAGCAACUGUUUUCGAUUAUUGGUUUCUUAAGAUUUGCUACUUCAGCGUAACUAUGGCCUUACUUCACUUUUAUGUAUUAGAAUUUGAUUAUUUAACGUAUGUCUUAUAUACCUACCUUGGUCAUGAAAAAACGAGGUUCUUCAUAUCUAUAUAAUCUGGAAGUCCAAUGUAAUAACUUGCUGCAGUAAACGCAUCGAAAAGUCAUUGAAAAAGUCAAUUAAGCAAUGGGGUGAUUGAUUCGACCAGCAGGUCAUUUUCCGAGUGUGCAGAUGGCCAGGAAAAGACGAGUUGAAGAUAAACGCAGUCAAAUGAGAAAUAAUGACGAGCGGAAAGAGAAGAAGUCUGCGUCAAUACACACUUAUCCUAUCACAACUAAUUGUACACGUAUUUCUACAGCGCCGAUGUAAGGUGUAGAACACCACCCGUAAUAAUAUGCCCCUGUUUAAAUAGACCCGUAUCCAGUGAGAAUAAGCAAGUACCGGUAGCUUGGAAAUGAGAGCAAGUGAUAACUCUUAGGUUUACGAAAAAGGGGAAGGUUGUCGACUGCAAGUCCAUUUUAGCGUUCUUGUAUUACUAACCGCCAUAUAUAUGGAGCUGAGACGAAAACUUAUAGGUAUUAUGGUAACAUUCGCCAUUCGAGAUAAGCAGUGCUCGCUCCUUUAGCGAAAGAAUUAGUAUUGAAAAACUUAUUCUCCAGCUGGAGAUACAGCCCACCCAAUUCGUAUUGAUUCUGUCGUUAUGCGCUUUCCCGGCAUUCUUUAUGUUCCGCAAACUAUGUGCAAUUUUGUAUGACAAGACAGCAGGAAUAAUGCUUCAGUAUUAAUAGAAUGUACUGGAAAUAUAUAUAUAUAUAUAUAUAUGUACUUGUAGGUAUAGUGAUAUAUACCAGGCGAUAUAGUGUGAGCCAACCUUAUAAGCAUGUAAGCAGAAAGAUCCUGUAUUUUAUCGUUACUUCAUUAGUAUCGUUGUAAUUGAUUUUGAAUUAGUGCUCCGUUUAUAUACGCUGAAGUGUGAUAGUGUGAUAUAGGACUAUGAAAAAGAUCUUAAGUUUUUAAGGGAAUGUCAAACUUCACGACAAAAAUUAUAACGCUUAGCGCUAUUGCGCAUUUGUGGGCAGCGCGUGAGAGAAUGCUACAAGACACGUAGGCUGUUGCAUAACAAAACGUAUAACUUAAGAUUCUAGUGAGUUGCAAUUGCAAUUAAUGCAUAUAUUAGAGUAAUAUUAAGUGACUGAUAUAGCUUAACUUACUUGUGCAAACAAAAAAUAUAGUUUAUAGUAUUAACAUCACUGUAAAUGGCAGUAUAUGGAUUACUGAUACCAAUGGCUCAAUCAACGAAACGUAGAAUAAUAAUCGUACAUUUAUUAUGAUUACUGGUUAAGACUGAUUUCCAGCGAAAAAAGGCUGUUUGGCUAGUAUAUUAUCGUUGGGUCAAUAAUGUAACGCAUAUAUCUAUAUAUAUUUGUUCUGAUUUAGUGACGGACUAUUCAAUCCUCCGCAAUGAAUCUUCCGAUGAAAGGCAACUGCAAAUGAGCAUCAGCAAACGAACAGCAGGUUGAUUAUUUUUAUUCAAGUUAGUACAUCAGUAGUGACUUAAGGAUAAAACAGUCGAACACCAUAAAAUAACCAAGAACGCCAACGAAGAAAACGAGAAACUGGAGACGAAAAAGAGGUGACUAUAAUAACAACAAUAUUAAUAAAAAAUAAAAUAGCAUAAUAAAAUGCUACGGUAAACAUGAUA